AUGUCGAGCACUAGGGAAAGAAACGACAAAGACACACACCAGCCGCUGCGCCCACCGAAGCGCCCUGGCGUGCCUGAAGAAGAAGAAAACUUCAGGAGCCGGCCAGGGCGCGGUGGAUAUCGCAGUCAAGGAGAAGAGGGAGUCAACGGGAGUUUUGAGGACCUCGGCUUCUCAGCGACCUCCUAUAGCCAAGUUCCAAAAUUUGAUCUCCAGCAAGCUACGACGCCGAACUACAGGCAAGACAAGAGUGGUCCCGGAACUGUGUUCGAGCCGAAAGAUGAUCAUAUCCUCCGUGUUGCCAUCGCCAUGGGCUCAAAAUUCAAGGACAUCAUAAAGUUUUAUGUUUCAGAACCGCUACGACAUCAGCAAGGAUAUAUUGAAAACCCGCGCGGAAGAGUUGGGGCUGUCGUGGUCAGGGAAUGA